AACACCGUACCGUGGUUCGGCGAGGCGUGGACCCAGAAUUGGAUGAGAAAAGGCACUUUUAUGAUGGCAUCGAGGACUUCCUCACAGAGGUGGGAAGGGAUCUCGCUCGUAAGCUUCCAGCUGAUGUUACUGAGCCUCUAAACGUUGUUUUCUUUCCUCAAAUCGGUUUCCUCAUAUCCGUCCCUCUUAAUUUUCAAACUGGGAAGCCCGUAUUUGAAGGCGGACGAGAUGGCCAUAGUGUCUGGCAACCAAUGUUCCGAACAAAUUUGGCAGGCUACUUCAAAAAUGAUAAUAUGAUUGAAAUGGACGAAGAAUUUGGAGAUACAUACGGGACAAUAUGUGAAAGAGAAAUUGAGAUACUUCAUGGUCUUGCGCAGAAAAUCCUUGAAUUCGAAACCCUCCUGACGAAGGCCUCGGAUAUAUGUGGCGAGCUAGACAGUAUUCUAGCCUUAGCUCAAGCGGCGAAAAUAUACAAAUUAAAUCGUCCUCUGGUAACGGACCAAAAUAUAAUCAAUAUAAUUGGUGGACGGCAUCUUUUACAGGAACUCACAGUGUCGUCAUUUGUCCCGAACGACACGUUCCUUAGAGGCGGAGAUGGUCAAAGGCAUGACGAUGAGGGAUGCCAUUGUCCGGAAGGGGAUCCCUCUUCCAAUUUGCCCAGCAAUGUGCCGGAACAAAAUAAUAAUGCUAGCAUGCUGAUAAUGACGGGCCCAAAUUAUUCCGGGAAAAGUGUCUAUUUAAAACAGGUUGCAUUGAUAGUCUAUAUGGCACAUAUUGGCAGCUUCGUACCAGCAGAGAGCGCUGCUAUUGGGCUUACUGAUAAGAUUUUAAGUCGUAUAUCUGCAAAGGAAACUGUUACCAAGGUUCAAAGUGCAUUUAUGGUAGAUCUUCAACAAGCUGCUUUUGCGCUGUCAAUGGUUACCCGCCAGAGUCUCAUCAUUAUCGACGAAUUCGGCAAAGGAACUGAUUCGAGUGACGGCGCCGGUCUGGCAUGUGGCAUCUUUGAGUACCUUCUGAGUCUAGGGGAUGAUAGACCGAAAGUGCUUGCUGCAACCCAUUUCUACGAGCUUUGUGAACUUGGCUAUUUAGAGCCGCGCCCUCAACUUGCUUUCGGCCAUAUGGAAGUUCACCUCGACCCUGAAGCGAAUGAAGCUGAGGACCAAUUGGCUUACCUAUAUAAGUAAGAUGGAAGGGAAACGGCGAGAUGAAGAUGAUUGUUGAUUAUUCCUCCCAAACGUGUAGUUUUCGUCCGGGCCCGAGCAUGUCGAGCUUUGGAACAAGGUAGAUCAUCAAUGAAACGUGAUUCUGUACGUCUCCCACGCCUGCCCACUAACAUUACCAGCUGUGCUGCGAUGAACGGCAUAGAUAUGGCCGUCAUUGAGCGAGCAGAAGAAUUCAUCAGACUGGCGGCACGCGGCGACGACCUUGUCUUGGCCUGCACAGGCCUUACAGAGCAAGAGGAGUUGGAAGUUGAG